AUGGUUUUUGCUAAAGACGCUAGGGUUGGUGAGAAGGCGGCUGCUUGGAGUCAGGAUGUAUCAUCAGCUGGACUACACCGCCCGCAAUCUCGUGUGGAAUACGAUGAUCAGCGGCCGCAAUCCCGUGUCGGUUACACAAGUGACUCAAGAUGCCCGAGUCGUCUGGGUUACGAUGACACUGGAGGUGGCUAUCUCGAACAAAGUGACCCACGAAUGUACUGUACCGGCACGUAUUGCAUGGGCGACACGAUGAUGGCGACUGCACGGGGCGUAUGCGGCGAGGAGGUAGAGCUCGAUAUGCGUCGACAUAUUCAAGCAUGUGCCUGCACAUGUAAUCAUAUGGGUUACGGUAACUACAUGGACUAUCAGACAACGUGUUUAACCGAAUUACCAGAUAUCACACCUUGUAAUGGAAAUGUUCGCUUACCACCCUGUGAAGAAUCACCUAGUUCUGGUAGUAGUAAAGAACGGAGGGAGGGUCCCAGGAGCAAAUGUCGUGUGUUGGCACCAAUAUUCCUGCUCAUUAGUGUAUUGUUACUCGGUGGACUGUGCCUACCACUUCUCCUACAAUCUGCUCCAGCUACUCAUCAGCAGAGGCUCGAUGUAGUCCGGCGAAUUCUUACCGAAGUACCUCUCAUUGACGGGCACAACGAUCUGCCUUGGAAUGUGAGAAAAUUUGUCCAUAAUCAACUUGGUGAAGUCAAUCUCAGCAGUGAUCUGGGCCGAAUUGAUCCUUGGGCCAGGUCUGACUGGAGUCAUACUGACAUACCUAGGUUACGUACUGGUCUGGUUGGAGCACAAUUUUGGUCCGCAUAUGUGCCAUGUGGCGCAGCCCAACUCAACGCGGUUCAGCUAUCUCUUGAACAAAUUGAUGUUAUACGCAGACUCGCAGAAAUGAACGCACAACAUCUGACUCUUGUCACAUCAGUAAGGGGUUUGGUUGAAGCACACAGAGAUGGAAAAAUAGCGAGUCUUAUCGGUGUGGAAGGUGGUCAUUCCCUCGGCAAUUCGCUCGGAGUACUCAGAACAUUUUACGGACUUGGAGCACGUUACUUAACGCUGACGCAUGCCUGCGAUACAUCGUGGUAA